CAGGAGCGCCUGACUGCCGGCCCCGCAUCAGCAGCGUCUCGGCAGCAUCCUGGGAAUCGCAGGCGAUCACAUGAGCCUGGAUUUCCAGCUCUGUUCAUUAGUCAGCCAUUUUGGUCGCCACCCUGCUCCCUGCGCACAGCCAAUCCCGGCGGCACUCGCUGCCGGGCUGCGCCGGGAGACGGGAGCAGCGCUCGCCGCUCGGCCACCGGGACACUGCCUCUCCGCUCGUCCUUUGUUUUUUUUUCUGGGGUCAUCACCAGAGGAAGACACUGUUUUUUGAUUCUGCUGCCUCUUUAUUUUUUUUCUUUUUAUUUUUUACUUGUAUUUCCCUGCUGCCUCUGGUGGAGAAGCCAGGUUUUUGUGGAUGCUGAGGAUCAAUAGCCUCUAGCAAUAGCUGGAGACGACGGCAGUCGGUGGAAAGGAGGGAGGCAGAGCUAAGCGGGAAGGAGCAGCGUUUUUACCUUGCUUGAUCUAUGAAAAGGCCAGAGCAGCCUCUGUGAUCCUGAGCAAUCUGUCCUUUAAUCGCAAGGUAUUUCUGAUUUUCUUCUUCAGAAAGGUUUUGUUUUUAGUCCUUAUUUUGCCCCCGUUGUUGUUGUACCAGCUGAGUCAUCAUGUCUGCUCUGACGCCUCAAAGCGACAUGCCAACCCCCACCACAGACAAGAUCACUCAGGCUGCCAUGGAGACCAUCUAUCUUUGCAAAUUCCGCGUGUCCAUGGAUGGAGAGUGGCUGUGCUUGCGCGAGCUGGAUGACAUCUCGCUGACACCCGACCCCGAGCCUACCCACGAAGACUCUUGGGAGGAUUUGACAGAUGUGGUGGAGCAAUUGCGCGAUGAUUCCGAAGACCCCAAUUACCUCAUGGCCAACGAGCGCAUGAACCUGAUGAACAUGGCCAAGCUGAGCAUCAAGGGGCUGAUCGAGUCCGCACUGAACCUGGGCCGCACGCUGGACUCGGACUACGCCCCCCUGCAGCAGUUCUUCGUGGUCAUGGAGCACUGCCUCAAGCACGGCCUCAAAGCCAAAAAGACUUUUCUUGGGCAAAAUAAGUCAUUUUGGGGACCUCUAGAAUUAGUAGAAAAACUUGUUCCUGAGGCUGCAGAGAUUACAGCAAGUGUUAAGGAUCUUCCAGGGCUCAAGACACCUGUGGGCAGAGGAAGAGCUUGGCUUCGCCUGGCUCUGAUGCAGAAGAAACUUUCAGAGUACAUGAAAGCUUUGAUUAACAGAAAGGAUCUUCUCAGUGAAUUUUAUGAGCCCAAUGCACUGAUGAUGGAGGAGGAAGGUGCAAUCAUUGCUGGCCUCCUCGUAGGGCUGAAUGUCAUCGAUGCCAACUUCUGCAUGAAGGGAGAGGACCUGGACUCCCAGGUCGGAGUUAUUGAUUUCUCCAUGUAUUUGAAAGAUGGGAACAGCACAAAAGGCAGCGAAGGAGAUGGUCAGAUAACUGCUAUUUUGGACCAGAAGAACUAUGUUGAAGAGCUCAACAGACAUCUAAGUGCUACAGUAAACAACCUGCAGGCCAAGGUGGAUGCCUUGGAGAAAUCCAACACAAAGCUGACAGAGGAGCUUGCAGUUGCCAACAACAGGAUCAUUACACUGCAGGAAGAGAUGGAGCGGGUUAAGGAGGAAAGCUCCUACAUCCUGGAGUCCAGCCGGAAGGCCACCAAGGACAGAAGUGCUGACGGGCAGGCACUGACUGAGGCACGGAAGCAGCUCAAGGAGGAGACUCAGCUGCGCCUGGAUGUGGAGAAGGAGCUGGAGGCACAGAUCGGGAUGCGGCAGGAGAUGGAGCUGGCCAUGAAGAUGCUGGAGAAGGAUGUCUGUGAAAAGCAGGAUGCGCUGGUGGCACUCAGGCAGCAGCUGGACGAUCUCAGGGCUCUAAAGCAUGAACUGUCUUUCAAGCUGCAGAGUUCAGACAUGGGAGUGAAACAGAAGAGUGAAUUAAACAGCCGCUUGGAAGAAAAAACAAAUCAGAUGGCUGCCACCAUCAAACAGCUGGAACAAAGAUUGCGACAGGCGGAGAAGGAGCGGCAGCAGGCCCUGCAGGACAACCGGCUCUUCAAGCAGGAGUUUGGGGACAAAAUCAACAGCCUCCAGCUGGAAGUGGAAGAGCUCUCCAGGCAGCGGAGCCACCUAGAACUGGAGCUAAGGCGGGAAAGAGACAGAUGGUCUCAGAGUCACCAGCGCAGCCAAGAAAGCAAAAAAGGCCCAAAGAAUUGGCUCAGACAGGAUGGGAAGCUCAAAGUCCAGGAAGAAAAUGCUAAACUGAAGCAGCCGCUGAGAGAGAACAGUGUCCUGCCACACAGGUCACCCAGUGGCACACAGGAAGAGCAGGAGCAGCUGUCGGGGCCUGGACACGCCGAGAUCUGCCAGCUCUGCCAGGAGGAGGGCAGCCAGAGCCAAAGAAAGGCAAGUCCUGGGCUUGACCUGCCAUCUCCCACACCCAGUGACUAACAUCUGCAAGAACUGUGGGGGCACCUUCUGUGAAGCCUGCUCAGUGCACGAGCUGCCCCUUCCGUCCAGCAUCAAUCCUGAGCGUGUCUGCAACCCCUGCCACCAGCGACUCAUCCAGCAGUAUUCCAGCAGCCCCUUGUAGGGAACAGGUGGCACAGAGGUGACAAACAGCGGCUGUGCCUGAUGGUGUUUCUGGAGCUGCUCAGGGGGAAUGUGAAGACCUUUGCCCAUGUGCUUUGGAGGUCGGAUGGGAAGCAGCUUCUUGGUGUUUAGAAUCUCCUGUUACUAAAACAGCAAUCUGAGCCCUUAAAUCAGCCUGUGCUGUGGAGAAUUCCAUUGGGAAUGUCACACGGGGCAGCCCCAAGGUAUGCCUGAGCAGUCUCAGGACUCUGGGAGCCCCUGCCCAAACCAGAGCUGUUGUCUGCAUGCAAAAGUCGGGAGUGUUCUCACCCUCACGUGUGUGGUGUGGGUGUCUGCUGCUGCUGAGCAAAGGCUCCCCAAAACCCAACAGGAGUGGGUAUUCCUCACAUCUGGCUGCACUUGAAAUCCCGUUUUUUCCUUUCCCGUUUGCCCUGGACAGGCUGGCUCAUCCUGGGAACCCUGGGUGACGAGCAGGGCAGGUGGGCAACCAAUGAACGCGUCCUCCCUGCCUUUCCUUGGCUCAGGGCUCUGACCAGGGGCUUAGUCUGCAUAGGGACACCCCAAACCAAGCUGUGAAUGUUCUGUUCCCCCUCUGGGCUUUAGGGGCUGGGCCCAAUCCCCAUCACACAGAGGUUUAGGGCCACUUGGAUCCACCUCUCUGCCUUGCGCACAUGGAAAUACUGUUACAAUAAACUUGGCAUUUCACUUUCUGUUGGAUCAAAACCAAGUGGGGACAGUUUUCACCUGUUGGAAUUUUUAAUUGCACAUACAGUUCAGAGAGGUUUUGUGGUUUGUGCCACAUCAUUCUUUGUUACUUUGUUCCCUCAAGGGAUUUUGCUAGUCCAAAAAGCGGUGGUGGCUUUCUGGUGUCACAGGAGUGUUUACUCCUUUUCCUACUGGCACCUCCUGCAGUCCCUGAGACCACAGAAUGUCCUGUAGCUCAUAGAAAAGACAUGCAUUGCAGUGGUUAAUUCCUUACUAAUGACUAAUUCCUUAGUCAUUAGAUUGGCUGGAACCACAUUAAAAAGCCUCUUGGAGCCAAGGUACUGACAUGGUUGGUACUGUUUUCUACCAGGAAACAUCUCUCCUCCAUCUUUUUAGCACUUGGCAUGUUCAGCCACCCGACUUCCACUCUUCUGCCCCCCACGGCAGCUUCCUGACCCAUUUCCUUGCUGAUAUCCCCUAAAGUAUGGCAGGAGUUCUAAACAGUGCCGAAAUACCAAAAGCCUGGAAUUCAAGUGAAUUCCUGGGUUCUCAGAAGGGGUGAGACACAGGUAGUGGAUGGAGAAAACACUGAAUUUAGUGUCAAUACUUUUGAGUACUUACUGUACUCAUCCAGCAGUGUGAACUCCUGCACCCAACCCCAGUGUGACUCAGAGGACAAAAUAAGACCCAGGCAAUGCAGAGGAAGCAUUAAACUGGAAAUAGAGGGUUAAACUCCAUGAAGCAGGGAGGUGGCUGAGCCCCUCCAGCACUGGUGGCUGCCAUAGGCCUGGCCUUCUGGAAGGUGGGAGCAGGACUCUGCUGGCUGCCAGCUCCCUUUGUGCUCAGGUAUUCUGUGUGAUGGCAGGGUGGGCUCAUACCUGGACCUCGGGAAUGAGGGGGGGACAGGUUUUCUGAUGUUAAUUUUGUUCUGCACAAAAAAAAAAAAAAAACCAAAAACACCUUGAUCAUUCA